AUGGCCGGCGGCGGCGGCGGCGGCAACGGCGGGGGCCUGGCGUCGGGGCCGUGCGCGGGCGGGGCCGCGGCGGGGCCGUCGUCGUGGACGCGGUCGCUGGAGCGCGCGCUGGAGGAGGCGGCGGCCAGCGGCGCCCUCAGCCUCAGCGGCAGGAAGCUGCGGGACUACCCGCGGGGCAGCGCCGCCGGACACGACCUCAGCGACACCACGCAGGCCGAUUUAUCACGGAAUAGACUCUCAGAGCUGCCACCCGAAGCGUGUCUCUUUGUGUCCCUUGAAAGCCUUAACUUGUACCAGAAUUGUAUUCGCUAUAUUCCAGAAGCCAUCCUGAACUUGCAGUCUUUAACGUUUCUGAAUAUCAGCCGGAAUCAGCUCUCAACGUUGCCAGUUCACUUGUGCAGCCUUCCCUUGAAAGUGUUGAUAGCAAGCAAUAAUAAACUCGUUUCACUACCUGAAGAAAUCGGAAACCUCAGACACCUCAUGGAGCUGGAUGUAAGCUGUAAUGAAAUACAGACGAUUCCACCUCAGAUUGGCAAUUUGGAUUCCCUGCGGGACCUAAAUAUCAGAAGAAAUCAUUUGGUGCACUUACCCGAGGAGCUUGCCGAGCUGCCGUUGAUUCGGUUAGAUUUCUCCUGCAAUAAAAUCACCACAAUCCCUGUUUGCUACCGGAACCUCAGGCACUUACAGACAAUCACGUUAGAUAACAACCCGCUGCAAUCACCCCCUGCACAGAUAUGUAUAAAAGGAAAAGUCCACAUAUUUAAAUACCUGAAUAUGGAAGCGUGCAAAGUAGCGCCAGACCUUCCAGAUUACGAAAGGCGGCCGAUGGGGUUUGGUUCUUGCCAUGAGGAACUGUACUCCAGCCGGCCGUACGGAGCGUUGGAUUCUGGCUUCAAUAGUGUGGAUAGCGGAGACAAGAGGUGGUCAGGAAACGAGCCCACGGAUGAAUUUUCUGACCUUCCUCUUCGAGUGGCGGAAAUCACCAAAGAGCAGCGACUACGGAGAGAGAGCCAGUACCAGGAAAACAGAGGGAGUGUGGUUGUCACCAAUGGGGGAGUGGAACAUGACCUGGAUCAGAUUGACUUUAUCGACAGUUGUGUCACUGAAGAGGAGGAGGAAGAGGCGAGGCAGGCCAAAUGCACGGAGCCAGACAGCCUCAGCUCGCAGUUCAUGGCGUAUAUUGAACGACGCAUCUCGCAUGAGGGCUCACCGGUCAAACAGGCGCCCGCCCGCGAAUGUCAUAGGACAGAAGAAGCAAGAAGAUACUUGCACCACAAUAGAGAUGCAGAUGAGUUAAGGCGACCCGAAAGUCUAAGCUUGACGCAUGAUAGAGAGCGGCAGCAAGUUCUGAGGGGCUGCAUGGACCGGGCAGAAAGGGGCUCCAGCGACUUCUCUUGCCUCACAUCCCUGCCAAAUGCCCAUAAUCAGGUCUCUCACUCGGAUGCAGACUUGCACAGAAGGCGCGAGCCUUUAUUGGAGCGUACCCGCAGGGAAGCCCAGCUGGCUGUUCUGCAGUUUGAGGAAGAGAAGAUGAGGACGAAGCAGAUCCAAAGGGAAGCUGUCCUGGACUUUGUCAAACAAAAGGCAUCCCAGAGUUCUCAGAAGCAAAGCCCCCUGGAUAGUGAGUGUCCCUUUCCAUCCAGAAGGUCCCACCACACUGAUGAUAGUGCCUUGCUGGUGGGUGACGACAGGUCAAUCUCUCCAAAUUCACCUACUACUCAAACAGUUCACCUUUCUGCUCCGUAUCCUGGCCCUGCUGCUGCCACCACUGCUCCGUCCUACCGAAAUCCUGCCCAGCGUCCUCAGAGCUUCCUUUUCCGAAAUUCUGCGAGGGAUGACGUGAGCAAAGCUGCCGCCCCCUCGCCGCCUCCUGCCCCUGCUCCUGCUAACAGUGCCAAAGACUGUAGCGAGAACCAUAAUUCCAAGCUGCUGGAAGAAGAGGUGGAGCUGGUAGAGCAGCUGAGAAAAAACAUUGAGUCACGGUUGAAAGUGUCUUUGCCUAGUGAUCUCGGAGCAGCGCUGACGGAUGGGGUGGUGCUCUGUCAUUUAGCCAAUCAUGUCCGGCCUCGUUCCGUUCCUAGUAUUCAUGUCCCCUCGCCAGCUGUUCCUAAAUUAACGAUGGCAAAGUGUAGGCGGAAUGUGGAAAAUUUCCUGGAAGCUUGCCGAAAGAUUGGUGUGCCUCAGGACAAUCUCUGUUCCCCUUCUGACAUUCUCCAGCUAAACCUCAGCGUUAAAAGGACAGUAGAAUCUCUCCUUUCUCUGGGGGCAGAUGCAGAAGAAGCCACUCUGACCUCCCUUUCCGCCCAGAUUUGCGGCUUUGCGGCAUUUUACUGCGCUCUCAUGCUAACGCUCUGCGUGUUCUAUCGCUGGGUCUUUUUCCUCUAGCUGACGCGCAGGGGUGCUUCUGACUCACUCCAGCUCUUCCAAGUGGUCGGUAAAUGGUCUGUGUUCCAGUGGGGGAUUUUGUGUAUGUCUGUUCUCACAGAUUCCACCGGCAGCCCACUUGCGCCAUGCGGAAAGGGCUCUGUGGAAAACCCGUUUGCUGAAAAUGACCCCACGCUUGCUGUUCACUGAGUAAUUCCCAAGGGUCUAUAAUGCUUUGUGAUUUCAAACAAAAAAACCACAACAGCCCUUUAUUGUGGUGCUGGAAUAAUUUAGCCAAUUUUUUUUAAAAAUGGAGUUAUUUAAUUGCACAGUUUAGGGUAUUUUUGUAGAACAGGAAAUCUGCCUUUGCCCCUCCUUAGUGUGAGAGGGGUAGGGACAUUAGUGUGGGUAAUGGGAUAGUUAGCGGUGGAGGAGAGAUCAGGGGCAGCUAGGAAGUGGCAUCAACAAAGCAAACUCUGCUUUCUGGACCGUAAGCCUUCCCACGUAUUAGGCCUCCUCUGAGUUUCUUCCAAAUGCAACAGUCUGGUGCUGCUUCAAGUUUUCUCCGCAGUCGCUAGAGACAAAAAACGGAGAUCGCUCAGGGUUCUUCCGAGACCUCGAGCACAUGCCCCGGGGCUGGGGGGUGGGGCUUAUUUUGCACAGACUAUAGAGCCAUCCUUGCCAUCUUGAUUCAAAAGACACUUCCGUGCCUCCUGAGCACCAUCCUGCCGUCCUCGCAAAGCAGGCUGUGUCGCCUGGCACACAGUGAAAGCGCAGUUUGCCGGAAGCCAAGCAGAGGAUGAUCGAGUGGCUUUCCUCAGGGCAUUCCGCUGCCUAGUCAAGCAGCCCUCUGUAUUCAGAGGAGGCUUUUCCUCUUCUCGUGGCUUUUCCGAACGUGGCUGAGGAAAGCCCAUGCUGUCCUUCGAUGUUGCCUCGGUCCUGGCAGCAGGAGGGUCUGCCUUGAGUCUUAGCGUUGCUUCCAGCAACUGGGGAUGAUUCCUCUUUGCCCACCUGCAAACUGGGCAGCUGUCCAUAUUUGCACAGAUGUGCCGGUGCUGUGGAUAUAGUUUCUGUUCGCCGUUAAGAUUCGCUCACGAGAUCACUCAAGCCGUAAGGAACUGGAGACCACAUCCCUUGUCUUCAGUGUCUUCGGUGUACUUCUUGACCUGGUUUUUUUCUUCUUUCGUAUCUUCUCAUGAGUCCUUUUGCUUCUCAAUAGUCACAGCCUCUUGAGGAGUUCCGCACCUGAUGUAGAAACCACGUCCCCUCUGCCCACCGUUUAUGCAUUGUUUGUUGUUUGUUUUCUGUUGACAAAAUUAUGCAAAUCAAAUAUGCACAUGUGUAGCAGCCUACGGAAAACUGGACAGCUGCCAUUACGUGGCUCUGGAACGUUUUCUGAGUGGAAGAAAAGUAGACUUGGUACAUCCAGCAUGUUCACGUGUCGGGAAAAUCCCUGAAUCCCAGCCUCUGGAAGUCCCUGGCUUCUGGGUCCUGUUUCGCACACUCAGGAGACUUGAGAGUGCAGUGCAGCGCAGAGCUCUGGUUAGAAUGGCCUGCGGCCCUUCUGAGCGCAGUGAUGAACUCCUGCUUUAAGUCUGCAUCAAAUCACUUCCGGGUGACAGAAAACGAGCCGAGCAGAAAAGGGGGCUCUUUCCCUCCUGCUUUGCUUUCGAUGCUGGUUGAUUUGCAGGGUGUUUUCAACACAAAGGAACGCUCAACACGGAAUCCUCCGCUCAAGGAGGGGUGCAGCAGGCCCUUCUGCCGCCUCGUAAAGCAGCCCAGAGAUUUUGCCAGGCUCAUUUUUUUCCCCUCUCCAACUGAUUUUUGCUGCCAUGAGAGCUAGAAACUAGAAACCAGUUUCAAACUGAGACUAAGAAUCUCCAGGUGCUGAAUUCUUCUGAAACCAAAUCCCCCUUCCUAGCGAGAGGGUGAUCGGUCGCUUGUUCAUGAUGCUCACAGCCCUACCUAAGAGUACGUGAAGGGCUUUUAACACCAAGGUGAAUGUCUGUUGGCAGGUUUAGGAAACAGCCUCUUCGUUGGCGGCUGGGGGAGGACCGUUUGCAUCCAGCCUUCUCUUGAGACUUUUUGCCUUGCAGAACGGCAGUUAUAUAUUUCCUUACUUGCCUCUUCUCUCCAGUCUUCCUUCCCCGUGGGGACCCAAAGCAU